GUUCGAAUCGAAGUAAUGCUGAAAAAUCCUAACAAGCGCAGAGUCGUUCGUGGUUCGUGGAAUCGAAAUACGCAAUCUCGCCUCAAUUCUGCUCCAACAGUCGGUGGCGAUAGAAGUGCAAUGCCGCUAGUGAGUGUUCAGUGUGCCGUUAAAAUGUGUUGGUUAAGCAGCGCCACCAUUUGCGCAACGUUAAUUCUCGCGAGCAUGGCCCAAGGUCUGAUCGUUGUUGGGCCAAACACUAUCUAUUCGAAUCGGAACUACACUGUGACAAUUUUCAACACAAACAACACAAGAGUUACUUUAGCGGUAAAUUUGAAAUGUUUCGGUGCGGAUGGAAUCGUCACGUUCGACCAAACGAAGUCUGUCGAUGUGGUAUCAAAAGUGCUCAAGAAGGUAGAAUUUAAGAUACCAGUUGACCGUUUUACUUUGAAUGGUAAAAUAACAAUCGAUGGCAAUAAAAACUUCUUCCAUAAACAAAGUCUAGAGUACGAAGGAAAGUCCAUCUCGGGCUUCAUACAGCUCAGCAAGCCCGUCUACAAACCAGGAGAUAGCGUUCAGUUCCGUGUGAUUGUGCUGGAUCCAGAUCUGAAGCCCCCAUCAGGCCUCAAGAUGAUAACUGUGACCGUGCAGGACCCGAACGGUAACAACAUACGCCAAUGGGCCAACGCUAAAUUGUACAACGGAGUGUUUGAAGGGCAAUUGGACAUAGCCCCUUCGCCUCUCCCGGGGACAUACAACAUCAAAGUUGAGGCAAACGAUGAGGAAUUGGUUUCCAAGACGUUCGAAGUGAAGGAAUACGUACUGUCCACGUUCAAGAUGGACGUCUUCCCAACCGUGACGCCACUCGAAGAGCACCAGGCGCUUAAUCUUACGAUAGCGGCCAGCUACUACUUCGGCAAGCCUGUCAUUGGUAGAGUGAAGGUUCAGCUUUAUGACGGAGAUAACAAUUUGGAACUAUCAAAGACAUAUGACGUGAACGGAAUGCUGCAGGUUCACCUACCCUUUACCACCGAAUUGAUCCUUUUUGAAAAACAACAGGACUUCAAGGUGAACGUCUCAUUCAUCGAGCAAUACACAAAUCGCACGGUUUCCAAGGAACACCACAUUACGAUGUACAAACACAAAUAUCAAGUAACGUUAGGGAAGCAUCGUCCUGCAUUCUAUCCCGGGUCAACAUUCCAGUACCAAUUGAAAAUUGAAAACCACGAUGGAACUCCAGCGAAAGGAGUUACUGUACAUGUGCGAAUAGAUGGACUGCAACUUGCCAUAGGCUCAGAGCAAAGCUACACGAGUGAUGAUACUGGCACUAUCGACCUGCCGUUCGAUUCAGCUGCUUUAACGGAACCAGCUGACAUCAUUGUGUCUCUCAAUCAACAAGAGGUCCUCCAUGAGACAAUCGAAAGAAUGGAGCAGAGAAUGGACACAUACAUUACGGUUCAAUCAAAUUCUAGCGAUGCUGGCCUGAACCAAAAAAUAAAGAUCGACGUCACUUGCUCCGAUCACAUGACGUUUCUAGCAUACUACGUCGUUUCUAAACGGAACAUCGUCGACGCUGGAUUCAUUCGCCUCAAUAAAGUGCCUAAACAUAGGUUCCAGUUGGUAGCUUCGGGAAAAAUGGUUCCCAGAUCACAAAUUAUCGUCGUCACAGUUGCUAACAACAUGAUUGUACACGGCUACGUCAACAUCGAAUUUGAAGAGUUUUCAAACAACUUUGAUCUACGGAUGAAGCAAAAUGAAGUAAGUCCCGGCAGUCAAAUUGAACUGCUUGUUACCGGUCCUCAAAGAGCAUAUGUGGCACUAGCAUCGUACGACCAAAGUUUGCUACAGCAUGGCCGAGAGCAUGACAUCGCACGUGAAGAUAUUUGGAAGUUCGUUGAUAAUUUUAAUACGAUUGAAUCGGACGAUUAUGAAACUUUUCAUAGUAUGGGCCUAUUCGUUCGCUCCCUGGAGGAAUUUAAAGUUGAUCGAGCACAGGAAAAAACGGGACGACAAGGAGUUUCGGGAAGAGGUUCCACCUUUCCUGUAUCUUUUAGAACCAACUUUCUAGAGUCUUGGAUGUGGAAGAAUAUCACUAUACCUCGGACAGGAGGAAGUGCUUUGAUAGAAAAGGUACCCGAUACAACCACUUCCUGGUACUUGACCGGCUUCUCCAUUGACCCAGUGCAUGGACUUGGAAUGAUGAAAAAGCCCAUCCAAUUCACCACCGUGCAGCAGUUUUACAUCGUCGACAACCUGCCGUACUCGAUCAAGCGUGGCGAAGCGGUAGUAUUACAGUUUACACUGUUCAAUACGCUCGGAGCUGAGUAUUUUGCUGAUGUGACACUACACAACAUGGCGAACCAAAUUGAAUUCGUUGGUCAACCAGCGGGAGAGGCGAGCUACACGAAGACAUACACUGUCCCACCAAACGUUGGCAUUCCGGUUUCGUUUCUCGUCAAAGCACGGCAUCUCGGAGAAAUGCUCGUUCGCGUGGAAACUUCAAUAAUGCAAGGUUUGGAGAGGGAUGCCAUCGAGAAGAUCAUCCGUGUGUUACCGGAGAGUCUACCGAAAACCAAGACAACGACGAGAUUUUUCUCGCAUGAAACAUAUCUCAAUCAAUCGUUUCUUAUCGAUCUGGACAUCGAUAAGAACGCCGACCCCAAUUCAGUAAAAAUCGAUUUCUUCGUUAUCCCUAAUGUACUGUCCAAGGUAGUCAAAAACUUGGGCCAUCUUCUCAAUAGUCCGGCUGGUAGUGGCGAGCAGAAUAUGAUACAUUUCGUGCCCAACGUAAUUGUACUCGACUAUCUGAAGACGAUCGGUUCCAAACAUACAUCUAACAUGCAAAAAGCAACCAGGCUGCUUCUGCGAUGCUACCAGAGACAACUACAAUUCCGGCAGCCGGAUGGAUCGUUCGGGGUUUGGAAGGAUCAGGGAGGAAGCGUCUUUCUCACAGCAUUCGUUGCUAAAUCAAUGAAACCGGCAGCAAAGUACCUGGAUGAGAUAGACCAGGAAAUGGUGGCAAAGGCCUUCGAGUGGCUAUCCACUAAACAGCAGGAGGACGGUUCGUUUAUCGAAAUAGGUUCGAUUUUCUACAGCGACAUGCAAAGUGGAUCGCGGCAAAACAUUGCACUAACAGCGUACGUGCUGAUUGCUUUCCUCGAGAAAGGAAAUGAAGCAUUCGAACGGUUAACGGUCAUUGAACGAGGUAUGCACUACAUAGCAAGCCACAUAGAGAACAUCACCGAUCCGUACGAUCUUUCCAUCGCAACCUAUGCGUUGUGGUUGAACAACCAUUCCCACAAAAACACCGCAUUGAAAAGACUUAUAGAAAAGUCUGUUGAGAGCAACACCAAGCGCUAUUGGCCCAGAGACUCAAACCAAAUCGAAACCACCGCCUAUGCGCUUUUGUCCUUUAUCGAGGCCAGAAGGUAUGCAGAUGGUAUCGCCAUCAUGCGUUGGCUGGUAGACCAGCAAUACGCAACCGGUAGCUUUGCGCAUACCCAAGAUACCUUCAUUGGGUUACAGGCGCUGACCAAGUUGGCGGAACAAAUAUCACCUUCAAGAAACGAUUUCUCUAUCCAGCUGACUCAUGAAAACACCAAAACCAACUUCCGCGUUACCUCAACCGAUAUUAAUAAGCUACAUUACAGUGGCAUACCGAGCACGGUAAGGCAAGUGGCUUGGGACGUCGGGGGCCUUGGUUUCGGAAUAGUGCAGGUGACCUACGAAUAUCGAUUGGAUUUAAAGAAUUUUAAAAACCGUUUCAAUUUGACGGUCGACAAAUUGAACUCAACCUCAGACGCUAUCUUGAAGUUGCACAUUUGCACGAGCUUCUUAGCCAGGAAAACGGAUGAACGAUCGAGCAUGGCACUGGUAGAGGUAACCUUCCCGAGUGGCUACGUAACAGAGGACAGUCUGGUUGUUGAAAGUCCUGGUAUCAACCCGAUAAAGAAAAUCGAGAUCCUCUAUGGAGCCACGACCGCUGUGCUGUACUACGACAACAUGGGCUCCGAGAUGAACUGCUUCGCGGUCACUGCUUUCAGGCGCUUCAAGGUGGCUCUUCAAAGACCAGCCUAUGUCAAGGUGCACGAUUUCUAUAAACCGAAUCACAACGCAAUUAAAGUGUACGGUGGUAACACACAGGAUAUUUGUGGGAUUUGCGAAGGAGAAGAAUGCCCCUUAACAUGCUAGACGUGCCACUGGUGCUGGCAGACGGUGAAAGCAGACUAGUUUAUACUGAUGCGAAAGAAAUCGUGAGUGUUCUAACCCUUGUGGGAUUGGCAUACAAGCGUUUAGUUCAUCUGAAAAACACCGUAUCUAAGAUACAAGAUACAUAUUAAAAGACAAAAACGCAGAGUGCAGCGUAUCGCCGUUGGAUUCUUAAUACCUUAUUAGUCUAUAUGAUCCAACAAAUCAUUGAAUUGAUUCAUGAGUUUUUUUGGUAAGGAAAUUCAAGCAGUUAAAAGGAGCAACCGCCAUAAAACCGAAUGGCAGAAGUGAACGAUAGAAGUUUGACUAUUUGAGUGCGACUGUGCCACUUCACUGCCGAUUCAUUUAAAUUGCUCCUUUUAAUUGUCUUAUUCAGUCUUUCAUUACUUCUCAUCUUAAAAAGCAAUUAAAAAGUUCAGACCAUCAAUUCAUGCUCAAGGAAUAUUGCACUCUGUCUCCUUCGAUGCAUUCAACACAGAUUGAAAGAUUCUUGUUCUCGGUUCGGUUGCAUAUUUGGGACUUCAACCUGCGCAAAAGCGAGGCACUGAGAUUGAAAAACUUCCAAACUCCCAUACAUUGUCGUAUACUAAACUGGGAUAGCAUUUCGCAUCGACGACACCAAAAGCAAGUUUAAUCCAUUGACUAUCGGAUCGCUGCCUCACAGGAGCAACUUCUUUCGCUAUCGUUUCGAAGGCCUUCCCCGAAACAUGAUAUACUUGUUU